AUGCUGAUCGCAAUCAAGGGCCACUUCCUUCCUUGGCAUCGCCUCUUCACUUCAUACUACGAGAAGAUGUUGCGUGAAGAGUGUGGAUAUCGCGGCGCGCAGCCGUACUGGGACUGGACGCUAGAUACUCCGGCCUCGAAGUUCGUUCAAUCGCCUAUCUUCGAUGCGAUAUACGGUUUUGGCGGCAACGGUCCUCUUGUUCCAGUUAACACUUCGAACAACGAGGUGCCAGGCCGAACUGGAGGUGGUUGCGUGGAAGAUGGGCCUUUUAUCAACAUGACAGUUCAUCUAGGCCCCUUUGCAUCGCUCGCAAGAAACGAUCAAUGCCUGAAGCGAGACCUGGCGCCUAAAUAUGCUGCUACGUAUCUGGCCAAAGACAAGGUGAAGACGGUAUUAUCGCAGGAGGAUUAUGGAUGGUUCGCUCGAACGCUGGAGGGUGGUACGGCGUGGGAAGAUAGCCAGAUUCACGCUGGAGGGCACUUUGGUAUUGGUGGCACCUAUGGCCAGAUGGGCGAUCCGUUCGCAUCGCCCGCCGACCCCAUCUUCUGGCUCCAUCAUGCAAAUCUAGACCGCGUAUGGUGGUCAUGGCAGACGAGGAACCUAGGAAGAAGACUGCGCGACAUAUCAGGGCCGACGAUGCUACAAGAUUGGGACAACGUGCGAAGCGGCAAUGUGACGCUGGACUUUCCGCUUUCGCUGGGUUACAAUGAUUGGGAUGCGAAGAUUAGCGACAUGAUGGAUAUCAGAGAUAAUUGCUAUUCGUAUGACAAGCUCUAUUGA